AUUCGAUGGGUGGGGUUACUUCUUUUUUUGUUUCACUAUUGCGUUGCUCGAGCUACAGCUAUCCAGUCACAUACUUUGCAAUCUGAGUUACAGUGAUAAAGUUUGGACUUAUUUACAGUAUUUUCUGAUCAAUUGUUUUUCAAUAUGCUUCAAAAUUUCUUUGGACUUUUUUAUCUCUUGGCAGUUUCACAGCUUUUGAGUUUCACAGGUUCACAUGCUGCUGAAUGUCCUCUUCAGCUCAACCCAGAGAGAGUUAUUGUGGAGUUCGGCGGUCCUGUUUCAGUCGACUGCAGCACUUCUAUCCAGCAUAAAGGGAUGGGAUGGGAAGCCAGUGAGGGAUCAGUGCCUAUGAGCAAAGACAGUCUGAUCACAUGGAGAGUGUUAGAACUGACAGAAUGGGACAUAGAGCCAUUCUGCUACAUAAACCAUAAGGGACAGUGUGAAAUUACUCUCCCAGUGACUAUUUACAAGACUCCAGACAGUGUGUCCAUCAGCACUGUGUAUCACACCGGACCAAUGAUGGAGGGAAACCAGUAUGAGCUCCAGUGUGACGUUCUCAAUGUGGCUCCUGUUCAGAAUCUCACUGUCAACUGGUACAAAGGACAGACUCUGGUGGAUCAAACCAUCUUCACUGACACCAUCAUAACUCCAGUCAGUAAAACAUCUAAACUCCUGAUCCGUCCAGACAGAGCUGAUGAUGGAGCUCAGUACUGGUGUGAAGCAAAGCUGGAACUGGGAGAAGAAGGACCUAGACCUCCUCCAACAGCCCCGUCAAAAACACUCAGUGUUGAAGUUUACUAUAAACCAAAACACUCCAGUUCAACAGAGACCAUCAAUAUAAAUGAUGAGCUCACACUAAACUGUACAGUGAAGGCAAACCCGUCUCCUACGUACUCAUGGCAGUCAGAACAUCUGAAAGAGACGAUCAAGUCCUCAGUGCUUCUGUCCUCCACGCUCAGUUCAGGAAACUACACGUGCAUCGCCUCAAACUCUCAGGGAAGAGACAGCAAAGUGUUCAUCCUCACAUCUACAGGUUCACAUGCUGCUGAAUGUCCUCUUCAGCUCAACCCACAGAGAGUUAUUGUGGAGUUCGGCGGUCCUGUUUCAGCCGACUGCAGCACUUCUGUCCCGCAUAAAGGAAUGGGAUGGGAAGCCAGUGAGGGAGCAGUGCCUUUGAGCAAAGAAAGUCUGAUCACAUGGAGAGUGUUAGAACUGACAGAAUGGGACAUAGAGCCAUUCUGCUACAUAAACCAUAAGGGACAGUGUGAAAUUACUCUCCCAGUGACUAUUUACAAGACUCCAGACAGUGUGUCCAUCAGCACUGUGAAUCACACCGGACCAAUGAUGGAGGGAAACCAGUAUGAGCUCCAGUGUGACGUUCUCAAUGUGGCUCCUGUUCAGAAUCUCACUGUCAACUGGUACAAAGGACAGACUCUGGUGGAUCAAACCAUCUUCACUGACACCAUCAUAACUCCAGUCAGUAAAACAUCUAAACUCCUGAUCCGUCCAGAGGGAGCUGAUGAUGGAGCUCAGUACUGGUGUGAAGCAAAGCUGGAACUGGGAGAAGAAGGACCUCAACCUCCUCCAACAGCCCCGUCAAAAACACUCAAUGUUGAAGUUUACUAUAAACCAAAACACUCCAGUUCAACAGAGACCAUCAGUAAAACCAAAGAGGUGACGCUAAACUGUACAGUGAAGGCAAACCCGUCUCCUACGUACUCAUGGCAGUCAGAACACCUGAAAGAGACGAUCAAGUCCUCAGUGCUUCUGUCCUCCACACUCAGUUCAGGAAACUACACGUGCAUCGCCUCAAACUCUCAGGGAAGAGACAGGAAAGUGUUCAUCCUCACAUCUACAGUGUCAGGUGACAGUUGCUCCCUAGAGAUCUCUCCCUCCAGAGUAGUGGUGAAAUUUGGGGAUGCGGUGUCGGUCAGCUGUGUGGCCUCUCGUCCAGUACGUGUGCUGGGAUGGGAAUCAGUCAUUGCCGCAUCACACACUCAGCGUGACCUCAGCGUUCAGUGGCGGGUGGACAGCUUGACUGACUGGAUUGAGGAGCCAAUCUGCUAUGGUGUUUUUUUCACUGCACCCAGGCAGUGUGAGGAAAAACUUAACCUGGUUCUAUACAAGAAACCAGACAGCGUGUCCAUAAGUUUAGUGAAUCACAGCAGUCCAGUGGUGGUGGGAAGAGAGUACCAGCUACAGUGUGAGGUGCAGAACGUCGCACCUGUUCAGUACCUUGUUUUAAGAUGGUACAGAGGACAAACCGAGGUUUACAACCACUCGUUCUCAGAGUUAUCCCCUGCGACGCCAGUCCAGGUGUCCUCCACCUUGCUGAUUGUCCCAAACAGAGCUGAUGAUGGAGCUCAGUACAGGUGUGAAGCAGAGCUGGAACUGGGAGCAGAAGGACCUCGACCUCCUCCAACAGUUCAGUCUGAAGUUCUCAACAUUGCUGUUCAAUACCCGCCUGACUUCCGCAGUCCAGAGGAAGAGAUACUGGAAAUCAGUGAAGAUAGUGAAAUGGUACUGGAUUGUACUGCGGAGGGUAACCCGCCUCCUGUGUAUAUCUGGACUUCAUCAAACCUUCAGGAAAAGGCUGAUAACCAGCCUGUUUUGACAGCUGCAUCUUUGGGCCCAGGGGUGUAUACAUGCACUGCGUCUAAUAUCCUGGGGAAAAGGAGCAAACAGUUUGUCAUCAAACACAAAUCAAAAGGUGUUUAAGCCCAGAGACCUUGAGAACGAACCGAAGACAUCUAGAUACGCUCAGGACUUUCUGAACGUGGCAGAUCAAAAUCUAGCUCUAGCUCUGUUCCAUUUUAGAUCUACUGUAUAUGUUACCUUUUAGGGGACUCUCAUUUCAGGGGUUAUGAUUUGUUAAAUAUGAGAGUCAAACCUACAUACAGCAUGUGUAAAAUCUAUAGUUAGCAUUAUUAAUAUUUUGUGUAAGGUAAUUUUAACAGAGCAUUUGUAUGUUCCAUGACACAUUGGGUUUGCUCUGACAUUUUAAUGUUUUUGCAGAUAUUUACUCAUCCAAUAAUAAAAAAUAUAUAAAAAAGACUGUGAAU